AUGCUCGCCCGUCGCUCCUUUAGAAUAUUUCACUUCUUCCUAGCAAGUGCUGCUUUUUGGUUAUUUCUUCAUUUUUUAACUACUCAGCAUAGUCGGUCGACUCUACAACCUCGCCAACAAGAGCCUUUACAGCCAACCGAUGCAACACGCAAUAGCUCACCACACUCCGACGAGACAGAAGCACGCAAAUACUGUGCAGGCCAUGGAUUCAAACCAUUCACACCAACUGGCGCUGGUCGCCGCAAAGUCUACGAUUUAUUCAUGAUAAACACCGAGCUCGACUUCCUCGAAAUUCGUCUCGACACCCUCUACAACCACAUCGACUACUUUGUCAUUGUCGAAUCACCACUCACAUUCCAAGGACGACAAAAGAACCUCACCAUACGGGACAACUGGUCCAAAUUCGAACGAUACCACCCCAAGCUGAUAUACCACCUCCUCGAAUUCCCGGCCGACUUCGCCCCCCGCCUCACCUGGGACAUAGAAGACCUCCAGCGCGACUCCAUGUUCACCCAAGUCUUUCCCAAAUUGACCGGCGCCCAGACACCCACGACCGGAGACGUCAUCAUCGUCGCUGACGUCGACGAGAUUCCUCGCCCCGAAACCAUCAACAUCCUCCGAACGUGUUCCUUCCCGCGCCGGCUGACGCUCGCCUCCAAAUUCUACUACUACUCCUUCCAGUUCCUGCACGUCGGCAAGGAAUGGAACCACCCGCAGGCGACGUUCUACGACGGCGGGAAGACGAUCACGCCGUCGCAUCUGCGUGUCGGCGACGGGGGGUCCUUUCUUCAGAGGGAGUUUUGGGAGAAGGGGACUUUGAGAAAUGCGUCGUGGCAUUGUAGUAGUUGUUUUGCGACGGUGGAGCAGUUCUUGAAUAAGAUGGCGAGUUUUUCGCAUAUUUGGAUGAACGAUGACAAGUUUCGGGAUAGGGAGAGGAUUGUGAGUGCGGUGAGACGUGGGGAGGAUCUGUGGGGGAGGAGGUCGGAGAGGUUUGUGAGGGUGGAUGGGAAUAGGGAUGUGCCGCGGUUGUUGGGGGAGGAUGGGGGUGGGAAGUAUAGAUAUAUGGUUAGUAGGGAUGGCGUUGGCGCUGGGUUUACGGAUUAUCCUUAG